GCGCUCUCUGUGCCGGCUCCUCCUCCUCUCCGCGCUUCCAGCAAGAUGACAGCCGGGCGGCAGCAGCGGCGGUGGCGCGGAGAUUCCUCGCACCGGCUGGUGGCUAACCUGCCUCCUUCGUUUUUAGUGCUGAAGCCAGAUUGCUUUAACUAAAGAUGGAAACACUGGAGUCGGAACUGACUUGCCCAAUUUGUUUGGAAUUGUUUGAAGACCCCCUCCUUCUGCCGUGCGCUCAUAGCCUCUGUUCCAGCUGUGCCCACCGCAUCCUGGUCUCCAACUGCUCCGCCGGAGAGCCCCUUGAGCCCAUCACCGCCUUCCAGUGCCCCACCUGCCGCUAUGUCAUCUCCCUCAACCAUCGGGGCCUGGAGGGCCUCAAGCGCAAUGUGACCUUGCAGAACAUCAUCGACCGCUUCCAGAAGGCCUCCCUGAGCGGGCCAAAUUCCCCCAGUGAGAACUGUCGCGAGCGGCCAUACCGCCACAGCCCAACCAUGUCGGCAGGCGACAGGAUAGCCUGCCAGUUCUGUGAGCAGGACCCUCCGCGCGACGCUGUCAAGACCUGCAUCACCUGCGAGGUGUCCUACUGCGACCGCUGCCUGCGGGCCACGCACCCCAACAAGAAGCCGUUCACCAGCCACCGCUUGGUGGAGCCUGUGCCGGACGCCCACUUCCGUGGGCUGACUUGCCUUGAGCAUGAGAACGAGAAGGUGAACAUGUACUGUGUGGCUGAUGACCAGCUCAUCUGUGCCUUAUGCAAACUGGUGGGGCGGCACCGGGAUCACCAGGUGGCAUCCCUGAGUGACCGGUUUGAGAAGCUCAAGCAAACACUGGAGAUGAACCUCACCAACCUCGUUAAACGCAAUAGCGAACUAGAAAAUCAGAUGGCCAAACUGAUACAGAUCUGCCAGCAGGUGGAGGUGAACACAGCCAUGCAUGAGGCCAAACUGAUGGAGGAGUGCGACGAGCUAAUGGAGAUCAUCCGUCAGCGCAAGCAAGUGAUUGCCGUCAAGAUCAAAGAGACAAAGGUGAUGAAGCUGAGGAAGCUGGCCCAGCAGGUAGCCAAUUGCCGGCAGUGCCUGGAGCGGUCGACUGUCCUCAUCAACCAGGCUGACCACAUCCUGAAGGAGAAUGACCACGCACGGUUCCUGCAGACAGCAAAGAACGUGGCAGAGAGGGUCGCCAUGGCAACAGCAUCCUCUCAAGUUUUGAUACCCGAUAUCAAUUUAAAUGAUGCCUUUGAAAACUUUGCUUUAGAUUUUUCCAGAGAGAAGAAACUGCUGGAGGGGCUGGAUUACCUAACAGCACCCAACCCACCAUCGGUUCGUGAAGAGCUUUGCACUGCCUCUCAUGACACCAUCACUGUCCACUGGAUCUCAGAUGAUGAGUUCAGCGUCAGCUCGUAUGAGCUCCAGUACACCAUCUUCACUGGCCAGGCAAACUUCAUCAGCCUCUACAAUUCUAUGGACAGCUGGAUGAUUGUCCCCAACAUCAAGCAGAAUCACUACACAGUGCAUGGGCUGCAGAGUGGCACGAGAUAUAUCUUCCUCGUCAAGGCGAUAAACCAGGCUGGCAGCCGGAACAGUGAACCCGCCAGGCUCAAGACAAACAGCCAGCCCUUCAAACUGGACCCCAAAAUGGCACACAAGAAGCUGAAGAUCUCCAAUGAUGGGCUCCAAAUGGAGAAGGACGAGAGCUCCCUGAAAAAAAGCCACACUCCCGAGAGGUUCAGCGGGACAGGAUGCUAUGGUGCCGCAGGCAACAUUUUCAUUGACAGCGGCUGCCAUUACUGGGAGGUGACAGUCGGCUCCUCCACCUGGUAUGCAAUUGGCAUCGCCUACAAAUCGGCCCCCAAGAAUGAGUGGAUUGGCAAGAACUCCUCCUCCUGGGUCUUCUCCCGCUGCAACAACAACUUUGUGGUGCGGCACAACAACAAGGAAAUGCUGGUGGACGUUCACCCGCAGAUGAAGCGCCUGGGCAUCCUCCUGGACUAUGACAACAAUGUGCUGUCCUUCUACGACCCGGCCAACUCUCUCCACCUGCACACCUUCGAGAUAUCUUUCAUCCUGCCGGUCUGCCCCACCUUCACGAUUUGGAACAAAUCUUUAAUGGUCAUAUCAGGUCUGCCCGCCCCAGACUUCAUAGACUACCCCGGGCAGCAAGAAUGCAACUGCCGACCGCAAGAGUCCCCAUACGUAUCAGGGAUGAAAACCUGCCAUUGAGUCAGAAAGGCCCUUCCCUUCCAGCCCAAGCCUCAGGAACUUCUGUGCAACUAGGCUGGAAGGUGGGCUUCUGCUUCCUAUUGCGGUGAGCAGCAUCUUGCCACCCUGGGCUAGCUUAUAUCCUAAGGAAAACCCACCUCUUUGGCACACCCUCUUGGAGGAGUGUGGGUGGUGUUUCGUGAACUGGAUUUUGUUUUUGUUUUUAUUUGGUAGCACUACUGAAUUUUCUCCGAUGGGAGUUGGCAUGCCUUGUUCAUUUCUGGUGGGGAAAAGGGUGUCAUGGCAGGGCUUGGGGUGGGUCGGUCUCUUCUUGGUUGCCAGGAAGUUGAAAAGCAAGACCCUUUUUUUCUUUUUUCUUUUCUUUUUUCUUUUGUGUGGAAAGAGUGUUCUUGGAACACCUAGUAGUUCCCAGCCCGCCAUUUUGAGAGGGUGCCAAACAGAAUUGGAACCCAAGCUGUUACCUAGAAAAGACAAGAUUGUCACACAUAUUUAGCGUCACAGGUAGAGAUGGGUCGUCUUGCCCACCUGCAGGUGUUGCCUCCAUGCGUUUGGACUGUGUGUGGAGGAGGAAAUGGGACCACAGCUGAUAUACCCACUCACAAUACUAUAUACCUGAGUCUGGGAACUCAGCACAUGGUCUGCAAAGGGCCAUAGGCCUUCUACGCCAUUGGAGCUCUGAUCACGUGAGGACCUACACAAGUACUGCUGAGGUGGCUCCUCAGGAAUUGCACUGAGCAUGCAUAUGGCAAGCACCUCCCUGGGGUGCACCAUUUCAGGGCCGGAACCAACAAGCAAAGUCCUACAUACAAUCCUCCACACAUCACCCAGUCAUCUGAAAGAGCUCUGUACUGAGGAUAAGAAUCCUGUGGCUCUGCAGAAGUUGGUAGAUGACAGCUCACAACAUCCCUGCCCAUGCUGGCUGGGACUGAUGGGAGCUGGGAUCCAACGACCUCUGCGAAGCCACAGUUUCCUCAUCACUGUGAUAAAAGACAUGGAGGCAUCAUCUGCAGAGGAUUAUUGUAUAAAUGGAAUGUGUACAUGCUGGAAAGCCUUGGCGAGUCGCAGCAAGUCCAUGCAUGUUCACCCCGAGUAGGCUCUGGUGAUCCCAUGUGGCAUUUUACUGGCAGAUUUAUUUUGUUCCCUGAGCAGAAGUGCCUUUCCUGUAAGGGUUUUGUGAACGUAUGAAACAGUCCAUAGUAUCACAAGGAACAUGCUACGUUCAGAAAAGGGGUGGCGCAGUCCACAAAGCCUGAAAGACCAUGACUACUGUGCCAUAUCUGGCUUCUGAGAUGCAGUGGUGUCUCCCUUUGCUCCCUGGACAACAGGGACUCUUUCAAGCAUCUGUCAGUUGAGUUUGGCAGGAGCUUCAUCACAGGGAAAGGGGGUGGUUGUUUUAGAAAACCCGCGCACAUUUAAAACAUAAGAAGGAAAGUUUAGCGCACACUCUAGUCCAGUGGUUUACUUGUUAAUAUGGGAUCCCAACUGGUAGACACUACUUCUUUGUCCAGUGGCACCUGCUUCUUUCAAGACCAUAUCCUGUGUGUAGCAAAUGUCAUUGGCUUUCAGUCUGCAGAGAGUAUCCUAGAGCCUUUAGAGCACAGCCAGGAGCUCCUUGUUGUUUCCAGAGACGUUGUGCCAGAUGACACAGUGACCCAAAGAAGGGGCUUUGGUUGGGAAUUCUAGGCAAAAGCACUGGAUGGAGCAGAGUGAAAGGUAUUCCCCCUUUGCCCAGCGUAAGCGGAGGGAAGAUGGCACUGUUUAUGCUUUCUUUUCGGGAGUGGCUGGUGUUUGUUCUGUGGCCUGUAGCAGUAAAAGAAAGCAAUCAAAUCCUAGGAGUGGAAUGUACAGGCUCAACUCCUGUCAGUUUCAGACCCUGUGCCCAGCAAGUGGGUGGCAUUCCUCUCUGCAAAAUCGGUAACUGUAAGAUGGUAGCAACGGUGCUUAGAUGGCCUUAAAGUGGGCUUAGUUAAAUUUAGUUUUUGUUGCCUCAAGGCUACUGGCAGGAUCCUGAGGCACGCUCUUGUGUUUGCUGCUGAAUUUAUCUGCCACAUUCACAAGGCAUGACUGCCUUUCAAGUUUUUCUUUCAAUUGUAUUAUUGAUAUGGACCUCAGCUUUAAAAACAGAGGUGUUUUUUGUUUUGUUUUUUGUUUUUUGUUUUUUGUUUUGUUUUGUUGUUUUGUUUUGUUUUGUUUUGUUUUGCUUUGCUUACUCCAGAAAGGAGACCUAGAGCAUUGGUUUUCAGCUGGUGGGUUGAGAUUCCCUUUUGGAUCUGAUCUAAGAUGGGUCACAACAGCAGCACCAGUACCAUGCAAAUAAAUGACAGUGUAUAUAGAUAUAUAUAGAUUAUUAUUUUUUGAAUCCCCAAAUGCAUGUUUGGGUUAAGAUGGGUCCUGGGUCUGGAAAAGUUGAAGACUACUUACCUAGGGAAUAAGUGAACCUAGAAAACACACACACACACACACACACACACACACACACACGACCGCCAAAAGAAGAAGAAAAGAAUCCACACCCCCAUAAUGAUUUUGCAUUUAGAAAUCCAGGAUCACCUUCCUUAACGCUAAUAUAUAGUUCUUCUUUUAUCACCUUCAAUUCCAUGGUGCAUGGUUUUGCACAGAAUCCAAUAAUCUGGCUUGAAUUUCUGAGUAUCUCAGCUUUCUUUGAGAAAGGGGGAUAAAAGGGUAACUAGCCACCAAAUAGUAGUCACAGAAACAUUUGAAAGCAUGGGAGCGGAAAAAAUCUACAGAGAUUGCCACAAUUUGAGAGGUAGAAUAUUCAUUCUUGGCUUUUCUUUCUCUGCCGUGUGUCCUCCAAUUGUGCUUCUGGACCACAACAGAUCCUCAUGUCUCCUUGCAUUACCCACUUUCUGGGAACAUUCCCCUCCCCUGCCACACACACGCACACUCACCAAAAAGAAAAGAACACCUUCUGAAAUUCCCAGUGCUAGGAUUGAGCUACUAAAGCUGGGACAUUAUGCAAGAUAAGGAAGCACUCUGUUCAAACGUAAUAAUGCAUUUGCAUCAAGAAACAGCACAAUCUAAAGUCAGAGUAAAUUAUGCAGAGUUUGUGGGGAGGGAGUAGGAUAUCUUAUCGGAACAGCAGCAUCUGUGCUGGGGGGUGUUCCACUCCUCUCCUUUUCAUCCAUCCCCUGAAAAUUUUCUCUUCUUGAAGGGAAGAAUUUGCUCUCUUUCCCUGCCCCUCCCCUUCUACUGUGUGUUAACACAAUAUGGCGUUCCAGGUGUGUGUCAGGCAUGGUGGGAGGAGUGAGUGUUCUGCUUGCCAGCAGACCAAGUUGGAGGAUUCAGGAGUGACCUCCAGCUCAUCCAUCCUUGGCUCCCAGGGGGAAUGGAUUAGUGACCUCCCUAAGAUAGGAUUGCCAUACACCCGGAAUUUUGCAGAUAUACCUGGAAUACUGAAUUUGGAAGCUCAACAGCUUUGUCAAAAAAGAAAGAAAGAAAGAAAAAGCUCAACAGCAGAUUUUCACUUUUUGAAAUAUGGCAAUCCUAACUAAGGCAGUACCACUUUGGAAGGUGAGUCCAUGGACUAAAUGCUCCUCCAUACAAAUUCCCUGGAUGUGCACAACAAAUGUGCCAGAACUUGUCUCUCUAACAUGCUUGUUUUGGUUUUUUCUUUUGGUUUUGUUUUCUUUUUGUUGUUUUCUGUUUUGUUUUGUGGAUUGCCUACCUGAGGCCCACAGUAUGCAGCUCAGACAGCAAGCAGCCUGUCACUGCAGUGGGGAGAAGGAAUUAUCUGCCCAGUAAGAGCAGAUUAACACUAAAGGCCUUUACAGGAAAAGAUAUGCUUUACCAUUUAUUUAACUUUUUUUU